UUUUCGAGCGCGGUCCUGUCUAAUCUGGCGGGAAGUGGACAGGUCUCCUGACAGAGGAGCAUGGAGCGGUCACCGGAGCUGUAUGUGCUGUGCGACCCGCAGAAGCCCCCUGUGCGGCUACAACGAUCGUCUCGUUCUCAUGAUACUCUCAAGUUCACUGCCACCUUGCCAGUCCCUUCCCAGGUGCUGGUCUUCAGUAUGGGUGACUGGUCAGGAUUGUCUAGUGACGGUAAAGUGGAGGUUCAGCUGGAAGUUGGUGGAGGAGCUGUGGUCAGAAUGGGAACCCUGACCCAUGAAGCAAGAUGUUUCCUGUGGGAGCAUACGUCCGAGGAUGACUACAAAAGCUGCAAAUCAGGAAACGGAGAGUUUUCGAUCAGCAUGGUUAUACAGAGACAGGUCACUGUUAAAGCCAGUCACCAAAACCAGGAACGCAAGAAGAGAAAGAGGCUGAAAGAAGAAGAGAACAUUUGUCCUAAUAAGGGACCCGUGAAAGGCCCAGUUACACAGCAAAGGGCCAAGAGUGGUAAAGAUGGAGCCCUCCCAAAGAUGACUCCUGGUAAAGGAAAUGGGAUUAUUUCAGGUGUCCCAACAGGACGUUGGGGGCAUGCCUUAUGUCAUGCUGACUAUCAAACAGUGAUUCUCAUUGGUGGACAAGGAGCACGAAUGCAGUUCUGUAAGGACUCCAUGUGGAAACUUAAUACAGAGAGCAAGACCUGGUCUCCUGUGGAAGCGUUGGCAGAUGGCUCCACUCCAGAAGCACGUACAGGCCACACUGCAGUGUUUGACCCUGAAAGCCACCGAAUAUAUGUGUUUGGAGGUUCAAAAAAUCGAAAGUGGUUCAAUGAUGUUCAUAUAUUGGAUACUGUGGCAUGGAGAUGGAGGAGUGUGGAGGCUCAAGGCAAAGUACCUCCUCUUUCCUAUCACACUUGCUCUCUUAUUCGGGGAGAGUUAUUUGUGUUUGGAGGCGUUUUUCCACGUCCCAAUCCUGAACCGGAUAAAUGCAGCGACUCCGUUUAUAUCUUUGAUCCACAGCAUGAGAUCUGGUACCAGCCCAUUGUUUUGGGGAAUAAACCUGCUGCACGCUCUGGGCAUUCAGCCUGCCUUCUGGACAAAGAGCUGUAUGUCUUCGGGGGCUGGGACACACCAGUGUGUUACAAUGAUCUUUAUCUUCUUGAUCUUGGACUUAUGGAGUUCUCCCCAGUUGAAGUGAAUGGAAGCUCCCCCACACCCCGCUGCUGGCAUUCUGCAGCCUCUGUGUCCAGUUCCCGUUUCCUAAUCCAUGGUGGUUAUGAUGGAAACCAGGCUCUUAAUGACACUUACAUAUUCAAUACAGUAACAAAAACUUGGACUACAUUGGUCCAUAAUUCACUGCCAUGUUCUCCUCGGGCUGGUUAUUCUAUGUUGUCCCUCCCUCGAGUGAAGGGUGAUGAUGAGGAAACUACCCCUAAUGAGCUUCUCAUCUUUGGAGGAGGAGACAAUGAGGGCCAGUUCUACAGUGAUACCGUCAGGCUGCAGAUAUCGGAUAUCCUUGAUUACUAGCGUCUUAUGUGUGGAUUUCCUUUUACAUUACUAACAUUUCUGAAUUUUUCUUUUAAGUGUAUAUUUAUAAUGGUGAUUGUAAAUAGUUUUAAUAUAUAGGUUUCAUUCAGAAGGUUGCUUUCUGAAAUAAAAAGCAGAAAUUUUCCAGAUGUACCAUGUACCAAAAUGUGUCAAUAAAAAUUAACAUAGUAUUUUCAUUUCUCCCACGGCAGCAUAACAGAGAGGAUCCACCCCAGGGACAGGAAACCUGCAGAAUAAAAAGGUGG